AUGGGGGACACUUUCGAUCCGGAUCUCAUUCACUCCAUUUUCAAGCUUAUCUGGAAGAGAACAAGUGCUAGGGAUGAGGACACCCCUCUCAUCGACGUCGAGGCAGAUGGUGGCACAUCAAAAAAGAGUCGACCUACUUCUGCUAAUGCAGGAGCUCUAAAGAUAAGUUGUGAACUCCUACGUUUAUUUGUUACAGAGGCUGUGCAACGAGCUGCUAUAAUUGCCGAAGCAGAGGGCACUGAGAAGAUUGAGCCUACUCAUUUGGAGAGGAUAUUACCUCAACUACUUCUUGACUUUUAA